GCUCCCGGACCCGAGGUCUUGGCACAUUGUUCUAACCCACGAAUAGCUUCUUCCUAUUUUCGUACUAUACAGUCAUCUAUGUUAAAAGUCAUUGUAGCCAAUUAUUUAAAGUUACAUACAGAAUACGACGUUAGAGAAAUUACUCCUUCGAUAGCACGCGAGUCAUGCGCUUUAUUUCAGGAUCUUAUCGGAAUUAUUGUUCAGAAAGUUCCGAAAAUUACGGACUCCGUCAAUCCUAUUGCAAUUAAAGAUACAACGGCGCAAUGUUAUUUUUCAGCACCAAAUUUAUCAGAAGUUAUGAAUCUAUUACAAAAUUUAAAUCGAGAUGUUAAAGGUGAUAUUGUAGGGAUGAGCAUUUUACAAGGAUUGGCGGAUGUUUUACCAACCGGUGUUAAUGGCCUGGGAAUUAAUGGCGGAACCACGAAUUUUGUUUCAUUAAUGGAUGAUAGAGAGGAUGAUGAUGAAGUUGGAGAAUUAUUUUCUAUAUAUGGAAAUGGUCAUGGGUCGUCAAACAAGAAAUCGAGAACAAGGAGGGCAAGCACCACGGAUAUAGUAGACGGUUUACCACGGCGGAUGUCUUAUUCAACUACUUCCGAAGAUGUUGUUGAGGAGAAUGGCAGGAAAAGAAAAGGUGUUGAUACUGAGAAUUAUGGCAGGAACGCGUCAAAAAGGGUAAAAACGCCCUCAAACGAAGUAACUAACGUCAUUCCUGCACCGUUCAUGAUCAUUCCCGGACAAGGUUCGGAGUAUCUACAUGAGGCAUUCGGUGAAGAUAGUUUGCAUUGCUCUACAGAUUUUGAUGAAUCUUUAACAUCUUCGUUCACGACGUCUUUAUUUAAUCCAAUAAAUGAAUUAAAUAUUAGUAGAGCAAUGAGUGCUAUAUCACAUCAUCUUAUAACCUGCACAGAAGAGAAAAUUUCUCUGUAUGAAAAAUCAUGUAGAGAAUAUGAAAUGUUGUUGGAAAUACUUGAAGUACUGGAUGGGGUUGAUGAUGAAGCAGCGUUAUAUAACAAAUUGGAAAGUUGGAUUGAGAAUGCUGACGACGAUGAUGGAGAAGAAGUGAUAACGGCUACAAACACAGUAAAGGUCGAAUUGUAUGCCGGGAAUGAUCACGAACAAGAAGCAUCCGCCAAAAAGUCUACUACCGUUACGUGGUGUGAAAAUGAAAUAAGUAAUGACGAUUCUUUAAGUAAUAGUAAUGAAGUUGUUUCUGGAGAGGUAAGUUCUUCUUCUAUUGAAGAGGGCGAAAUCGAUGAAGAAGAAAUUGACAAUACAAUACCGCAAGUUUCCGAUAACGACGAAGAUGGUGAAGAUGUUAUAAAGAAAAAAGAGGAGAAAUUGUUACCAUCCCUUCAUAUUAAAAACACUUCUUUUAAUAAUCUAGAAAAUAAUAGUCCCGGGUGGGCAUGGGAUGAAGAAGAAAUUGGGAAUGAGGGAUAA